AUGACAUUGUCUCCAACAACAUAUGUAGCCAGGACACAACAUGUAGCAAAGGAGAUGUUGCUGGAUUUUUGGUCCAUUUCUAAAUCCAAGCCGUUGAUAGUCAACAACCUAGUGGGUAUUAAAAUUCAUCCUAAAUCACAUAAUUGCUCCGGCGACUCAUGCUCUCAAUCGGAUCUCAAUCCGCCGCUGCCGGUGGACUUUCUGAUCACCUCCACUCCUGAUUCUGGUGCAUCCAAUCCUUCCGAUCUCUAUCCUCCUCCGUCGCUGCCGUCAUCUGGUUCAAGUUCGAAUCUAGCUCCACCACCUCCGGUUCCGUCACUAGCACCGCCUUCGGAAUUGAGUAGUGGUAAUCAAACUCCACCUCCACCGUCGCCGGUGUCUGUAGCUACUCCGCCUCCACCGGUGGUUGUUGUAGCUCUGCCUCCGGAAUUGAGUAAUGGAUAA